UCCGCGGAGAUCACAUCGGUUGGAGGAUUCGGCGCACGUCGGGAUUACAUCACGCAUCGAGGCACAAAUGCAGUGACUUUAUUGCCCGUUUUUCCUCGUUUUUAAGCAGCAAUUAUCCGUCGGAUUGUGCAGUGGGAGCUCGAGAGAGACGCGAGCUUCGAGUGCCAUGGCUAAUUUUAAGAUUGCCUCCACGCUCCUCUGCGUUCUUCUGAUCGGCCAAAAUGCCUCUGCCGUCAUCAACAAAUCGGCUGCUCCAUCGACGAGUGACAAAGAUACGACGGAAACAAAAGAUGAAAUCGUUGCUGAAGACAGAAUAAUAAGCGAGGUUUACGGUGCGCCUCCACAAUUAUCGAACGAGUAUGGUCCGCCGCCAGGUGAAGGAAGUUUCAGUGGGCCAGCACCGGUCUACGGGCCCCCAGAACUUACCGGGCAACAUGGCCCCGUGCAAGUUCACCCGCCGCCGCCUCCAGAGCUGCCGCCACCUCCGCCGCAUUCGUUCGGACCACCCAGAAAACCGAAGCCUCAUUUUGGGCCUCCGAAACAACCGUUCGGUCCUCCCCCGCCGAAUUUCGGACCUAAGCCAAGUUUCGGUCCACCCAAACUCCACUUCGGUCCACCACCUCCGUCAUUCGGCCCGCCAAGGCCUCAUGGACCACCACCGAAGUUUUCUGGACCGCCGAAUCAUCAGUUCGGACCUCCUCGAUUCGGAGGCCACAAACCCGGAGGACAUGGUCCUCCCAUUCCAACUUCUCUGGAGCAUUAUGGUCCUCCGAAUCGAGAACCUUCUGUGCCCUUCGAUGCCGCACCCUCGAACGACUUUUCAGCUCCAUCAGCGCCUCAAUCUUCACCUCCCCAUGGACAACACGGACCCAACGUAGACUUGUACGGUCCGCCUCCUCAAUCGCCACCUCCGGGAGUUCCAGCACCUCCAACUCCACCGGACAUAAAGUACGACGGAUGGCAACCGAUCGCUGGCCUUGUUGGAAGCCCCAAUAACCACGAGGCGGUUGACAACACGUACGGGCCGCCACCGGCGAGUUCCAGUAUCUCGAGUUCUCACAGCUCAUCUUCCCAGUCGUCGUUCAAUCAUUUGUCGGAUAGCCAUUCGUCGAGCCUCGUCAUCGAAACGCCGAAGCAAAAUGUACCAAGCAACUCUUACGGCGAACCGAUACACAACCAGGAAGCCCAAAAUUUCCAAUCAUCGGUUGUUCAAUCUACGAACUCUCAAGGACUACCUCCACCACCUUUGCCACAGUCGGAGCCACUUCAUAACAAUCAAGGACCUGCUCAAAGCAUUCCUGGACAUCAAGAGCACAAUCAACACCACGCAUCCAACGAUCACAGUAACCUGUUCGGUAGCUCCGACCUGUUCAACGGACAAUUUGAUCACGCCCUUAGUGGCGAACUGAAGGUACCGAAUCUUGAGAUUUUGCCCGAUGCCGGUCCGCUUUCCGGCAGUUUGCACGGAUUCUCCCAAGACGGCGGCGGAUCCUUCGGAGGCUUCAGCUCGUCUUCGUUCUCCGGUGCUUCUUCAAAUUCUUUCCACUCCGACGUUACUUCGACUGUCGCGCUACCCGUUUUGCCUCAGGACACUUACGGAGCUCCGCCAAAUGUGAACAACCAUCAACAGGAUUCGCACGCUCUCCUUGCCGGCAGUGGCGAUCUUAGCGUCCAACAAUUGCCUUACGACGGACCAUCACCCAACUUCGGUGGCAACUCUUUCGGGGGUUUUGGAAAACCUGGACCUUCUCCUCCUAUUGACUCCUACGGUGCACCACCUCCCACGUCUUAUUCGCCCAGUGGCCGUUAUCCCGCUGCUCAAAGCCCUCGUGGUGGAUCUUGGCACUCCAGUUUGAGUUCUUUCGGUUCAUCAAGUUUCAACAAGCAUUCCAGCGGCGGAAGUCACCAUCAUCACAGAAGCCACGGACCACCGAGAUUCGGUCCUCUUCCUCCGCCACCUCCACACAUGAGUGCCAGCUUCAUUCCACCUAGAAACCGGGCUCCCAUUAAAUUCCGCGAACGAAUCCCUCCUGCUUUUAUGGCCAACAUCAAUCGUUACCUUCCACCCAUCUCCAAGCCCUCGAUAAAUUACGGCGUACCGAUUGAGCAGCAAUUACCAUCCCUCAGUGGAGCACACUCUUUCAAAUCGUCAUUCUCCAACUCCCUAGGACAUUCGUUCAAUUCUGGCAACUCGUUCGCCAAAGACAAUCCAUUUUCGUUGAACACUCGAGUCGUUGCUCCACACGUUCAAUACGGCACUCCGUUCCCCCUUAACGAUUUCAACACACCAGCACCGGUCCUCACUUACGGCGCACCGAACUUCGGACCAGCCUACUCUUUCAUAUCAACGAGCUUUGGAAAUUUCGGAUCCGGUGGAAACCUCUACAAGAACAUGGGCAGCACGGGGCUGACUGCGACCUACGGAACUCCGGUCCACGGCGGUGCGGCACCGAUUCACGGGGGAAGUGGUAUUCCCGCUGGUCAUGACUGUGGCUUCCAGAACUCGGGAUCUCAAAUAUCCAGCCAACUUAACAGUUUCGAAGACGUCGGACAUCCGGCUAGCAGCGGAGCUAGCGCUCAGCAUCAUCAAACUUUCACAAAUUCCUUGCAGUCUUCUGCUCUCGUUGGAAACAUUAAUUCGGAACAUAGUAAUAGCCAGCAUCAAUUCACGAAUUUCCCUACGCCGUCGGUCCACGAGCUGGACUUGGAGAGUCACGAACAGCAGCAAGGGGAGCUGAAGGAUAGUUAUGGCAAUCCAAUCCCAUUGAGUAUUGAGAACGUUGAUCAGGCAGGGGCCGCUCUGACCACCAACGCCGUCCACGCAAAUUCCGAAUCCUCCUCAUCCGGCUACUCUUCUCACGAGGACGUGAGUCAACAUUCCCACGGGCAGCACCAAAACUCUUACGCCUCUGGUGGAACUUUCACCAGUGGAAACGGUCUCUCGGCCGAGGCGCUGACUGCCGCUCUCACCGCUCAGGGUUACGGCCAAGCGAAAAAUUAUGCCUCGAACGAGCUCGCUCAAGAUACGAGCAAUCAUUACACCAGCAUCCACGAUAGUGCUAACGAAGCCCUGCAAGUCGCGCUCCAGGCGGAAGGCGCUGACGGCUUCCAAAUCCAAGGCUCCAAGGGAACUUACACGUUGCAAAUCCAAUCGGCCGAUGGCAGUCUCGGUACAGAAAACUCAGACGGAAGCAUAAGACACGACCAGGUGCUUUCGAACGGUCUCUUGCAAGACAUUCUCGCUGCGAUUGAGCAGCCGAACGGUGCUCCGGUGCAAAUUCAAGGUGCACCGCAACCUCAACAAUUGCAACAAGUCUACGAAGAUGCCGUGGCGAAUGGUGCUCAACAGCACCAAGUGAGCACACACCAGAACCAGCAGCAUCAGCAAAGCAGCCACAACGAGAUAGUUCAGCAGGUUCUUUCGGUUCAAGGGCUCGAGGGGGCUCCGAAUGAUCUCGAAAAGCCAUUGGCCGGAGAUGAGCAAGUUGCAUUAUUUUUCAACAGUCACGGUGGCUACGAAGAGUCGAGAAAGGACAUAAGAUCGACGUCGAAGAGCGAUGCCCAGGCCGUGUUGGCGAGCAACGAAGUCAGUCGAGCCCAAGCGACGAAGAAGUCGUCGUAAAUCGAGUUCCCCUUUGCCUUAGUAUUUUAGUGGAGAAAUCAUUACACAUUAAGGAAGAGUAUCGUCGAGGGAACUUCAUCAUUAUUCAUGAGUACAGAAAGAACUUUAUUUAUAUUGAAAUGAGCGAUCACUUGAAUGCUGAUAAGAGGUUAUUCCCACGACGAUGUUCCACGACAGGAAUGCUGCUUGGAAGGUUACCCACAUUCCAAGGGCUGGCUCAACUUAAUAAGGAAGACUAACAUAAACCGCGCGAGCCGGGAGCGUUCUUUAAGCUAAUGCGGAGUGACUGCGCGCGAAAGUGACACGUGGAGGUGGCACGAUAGGAUCAACGGGAAACCAUUAGAUAGACAAAAUCAUGUGUUCACCUACGCGUAAACGUUGAGAACUCGCGAUCGGGCAUCCCUCGACUGAUUAGUGGUCGUGUUUCACGUCGUGUCUUGCGUCAGCGGAAGUACCGAGAGAACGAGAGCGCUUCGAGUGUGCCUCGGAGCCGCGCGCGGGUUCAUUCAGUUUGCGAUAUCAUCCACUUUCACCGUCGCGCACCGCUCUUGCCGGCUCGCACAUCGAAUAUCCUGCUUUUCAACCACAAUAUAACCUCAGCGCCUGUAUGCGUGUGUACUUGUAUGCGUGCCUUACUUUCGACCCGCGACUCUCUUCAUAAAAUACCGUAAUCGAGCGUGCGAACUCCGAUGGACCUGCGCUUCCCCGCUGCUAUAUUUAUUCGUACACAUGCAUCUGUGCACGCCUUCUGUCAAAUAAUACAGACUCAAAAGAUCUUGCUGUGAACUCGUUCACAUGUGCUCUUCUUGGGAAGGUUCGAUUUUUCAUGAAAAUAUAACAAUUAAAAAGUGCUGCAGCAUUCAACGAAACUACGCCACGGCGGUGCUACGCUUCCAUUUUCUCAUUCUGGAUCAAGUGGAUCGAAAGAAAUGAUUCUCCGGAAAAUUUGCAUCGAUUGGUUGUUCGUAACGAACGCAAAUUUCAUCUGACAAAAAUCUGUCGAAUGGCUUCUCGAGAUAUUGCGAAGGAGACUCGGCAAUAAUGAACCGCGCUGAUGGAAAGUUUGCGCUUUCUUAUUCUCCCGGAAGAACGAAAGUUCCGAAGAUUCGACUGGCAAGGAUCCGGAUCCUUUGGUGAGAUCCGAGGGAUACAUUUCGAGCGCGCCAAACGGGGACACGGGAGAAACGAUGAUCUUCCGAUCGAGACCGAAUCCUUUCUUUACAUAUAUAGACACGUGUAUAUGCUUACUUUUUCGAGAGGUAACACCGGAGUUUCGAGAGAUUAAUUUAUCUGGUAAAACGCCCGGGGCACGCUCGAUGUUUGUACGCGAAGGCGACGAGAGCAAGUAGGAAAAAUAUGGCUAGAAAUCGAAGCUGGAGAAAAAAGCCUCCGGCAGUUUCAUCGAUAAUGUAUAUACAUGCAAAUGGUUUUCGAGUUUUGAGUGUAGCAAUUUCCGCAGAAUACACACUCGGUCUCGUUUCAAACCGAAAAUAAAUCAUAAUUGACACGCUCCCCGUUUAUCGGUUUCCAAUCGCAGCAGUUUUUUCCUACCGUAUAAUAGGGUAGGAAUUGAUUUAAUUUGGAAGGUGAACUCGGUCGUUCGACGUGUCAUAUCACCGGAAUAGGAUCAUCUUCGUUCGAGAGGUGUUAUAAGAUAAUAGAUCCACGCGCAAUUUUUCGCCAUUUGGAGAGAGUCAUGCGUCGAUGCAAAUGCUCAUUUAGGUCAAUAGGUCGUCUCGGAAAAAACUUGCUUCUUGCAGGCAAGUGGAAAGGAAAUGAAUGUGCGGGUAUGUGUGUGUGUGCGUGUGUGCGUUAUGAAUAUGUACGAAUCUGUGUUGUUUCGCGUUCGCCUGUGUACGGCUGUUCUAUCGCGAGUGUGUGGCCUGAAGAAACUCCGCGACAAAGCUGCAGUUCAACGAGGAUUCUCCUUUCUUGAGGUCGCCGAAGUCGACCGUGUAUUCGGGAGAGAGAGAAUUACGGAGAGAAAGGAAGAGACGGAAGACAACGAGAGUCCGAGAGAAAACGCUGUGCGGUCGCUGGUGCAGAGGGACAGAGACGCCGGUUUUCACGAGGUGAAAGUUCAGGGCGCAGCUCAAGCGUUUUAAGAGUCUCGAUCCGUCACGAAGUUUGACUCCCUAAAACGGUUUGUUUUUUUGUACUUGAGAGAGUUUGUGCGUUUCGAUGCACCGAUUAAAAAAUGAUAAAACCAUUUCUUUGUGGUUUUCGGCUCACAAUGCGCGAGCUCCUGAGGUAGGCACUUCGGAAAAAUCCAUCGUAGCUUGUCAGAUGUACAGAGUUCAACGUGACGUUGAACGAAUAGUUGUGCAUUUAAGAAAGUAGGACGGAGAACGAUUCCGUUUUGUUGGUACUGGCACAAGUUUCCCUGCGAGGAAAACGGCCCGUAUUUUUGUAAGAAUUGACGUGGCAACUGUAAGUGCGAAAAUUCCUGGUAUCGUGCAGUGAAAAAACUAACUAUUCGAUAAGCAACAUGAUAAAAAAACGAAGAAAGAACAGCGACUUUCCGGCCACUGCCGAGCCAUGUAAACCAGCCUCGAAUUUUUCUGAUCACCUCAUUUCUCCUCAUUAUCUCCCCUCCACUAAAGUUUCACAGCUCUCCGGGUUCACCGCUUAUCGCGACUUUUUUAUACGAGAAUUUAAUUUAUUACCGUUUUUUGUACUCAAAAGCGUGAACCAAGAGAUUUCCCAACGUUUUUCACGAAUUUUCCGUAAGCUCCUGCUACCUCUUCCCCGUAAAAGCUACUCCACAGCAGGACUCACGCACCGCACAGAGUUAUUAUUCGCACGAGCGGUGUACACCCAAUCUCGCGCCGGAUAUAACCAUCCGCCGUACGCUAAAUCCACUCGCGUAUGUUUCUGUGCGUGUGUGUACAAACGUAUACCCAUUAAUUUUUGAUACGACUUAAAAACGUGCAGAGAUUGUACCAUUUUAUAAGUCUACGUGUAUUUAUAACUUAAUGUGCUACUGCUGUAAAUAUACUAAAAUACCGAGUAUUAAGGUAUAUACUUAAUUUGUAAAUACAA